AUGGCGUUGUUUCUGUUUGAUGUAAAUAUAACACCCAAUCCAGACAACGUUGCCUAUUCUAGUGCCUACCUGGACUAUCACCAGGACAUUGUAUACUAUCAGUCUCCUCCUGGUCUUAAUUUCYUACACUGCUGGAGGUUUGAUAAAGAAGUGAAAGGUGGAGAAAGCAUAUUUCUUGACGUGUUUGCUAUCGCCGAACAGUUUAGAAUAACAAAUCCAACAGAAUUUGAUACACUUGUUAGAGURCCAGCAACGUUCCAGAAUAUAUCUCUCGAUGGGGAAAACCCCAUAUACUUAAAAUAUCAAAGACCACACAUAGCUCUAAACCACAGGAAGGAGAUUGUAUCAGUAACUUGGUCACCAUGCGUCGAAGGCCCUCUAUUUGUAGAAGAGGAUGACGUUGAAUCUUACUACGAGGCCUACUUUGCUUUCCACAAAGCUGUCAGGCAAUCAGAYUUAAAGGUAAAGUUCAGACUUGAUGUGGGAGAUCUUAUCGCAUUCAAUAAUCUUCGACUURUUCACGGACGUGAAGCGGUUCAACCAAAUGGCGGGAGUCGUUUCYUGAAGGGCUGUUUCAUGAAUAUUGAUGAGUUUCGCAACAAAAUUGAUGUUAUGUCCCAUCUYCAUGGCGACAAGCGAUUAUCAAAGAGAAUUGGCAACAACUGUUUCUUUUGA